AUGCUGAUUUCGGUUGUUCCGGAGUUGGCCAGCGUUAACGGGAGCUCACAAGAGGCACGUCUUCACAGGUCAAAUCCCAAGCACAACAACCACCAACCUCAUGAAGACAUAAUAGAGGAAGUUCCUACCAACGAAAUGAACUCUUAUGGUAAUUAUUUACCUCACCGUGCAGUGAUAAAACUAAGCAGCAGCACUACUCCAAUUCGUCCGGUGUUUGACGCUUCAGCGAGAUUAGCAAAUUAUCCAUCUUUGAAUCAGUGCUUGGAAUGUGGUCCUAAUCUCAUUGAGCUUAUUCCAAAUAUUCUUCUUCGAUUCAGAGAGGGACAGCUUGGCGUUAUAGCUGACAUCAGGAAAGCUUUUCUGCAAAUUAGUAUUCGUAAAGAGGAUAGAGACUUCCUUCGGUUUUUGUGGUGGGAAAAUAGAGAAGAAAAGAAAUUGAGAGUUUUUCGUCACACAAGAGUUGUUUUUGGGGUAAAAUGUAGCCCUUUUCUUUUAGCUUCAGUAAUUGAGUACCAUAUUCAAAAAUGUGAAGGAUUUGAAAAAUCUUUGAAGAAAAGACUUUUGGAGAGUUUCUACAUUGAUAAUGUCGUUACUAGUGUCGACAGUAAAGACCAAUUAGAUCGAUUCAUUGACAAUUCUAAAACCUUGAUGGCAAAAGGUGGUUUUGAUCUUAGAGAAUGGGAAUGGUCUGGCGACUGUGAAACUAAUUCAAAGGAAGAAACUCAGGUAUUAGGUCUUAUUUGGAAUAAGAAAUUAGACACUUUGAAAAUUAACAUGAAAUGGCUGGAUGGCAUUAAUGUGGAAAAAGUAACUAAAAGGAGUAUGUUAUCUACACUACAUAAAGUAUUUGAUCCUUUUGGAUUCACUGCACCAGUGAUGCUCUGUCCAAAAAUAAUGCUACAAAAGGCAUGGACAUUAGGUACAAGUUGGGAUGAAGAAGUAACUGGUGAGCUUCGUAAAGAAUUUCUACAGUGGUUUCAAGAACUUAAGCAUUUGUCUGACAUACAGAUUCCUAGGUGUGUUCAAGCAUCUUCAAAAGAUAUAAGCAACUGCACUAUUCAUACGUUUGUUGAUGGAAGCAAAGAUGCAUAUGCUGCUGUUACAUUCCUUAGAAUAGAAAAUAAUGGUCGAAUCGAGCUAUUUCUACUUGCAGUGAAAUCUCGAGUGGCUCCUUUAAGAGGCACAACUAUCCCAAGAAUGGAACUUCUUGCGGCGGUGAUUGGAGCGAGGCUAGCGAAUUCAGUUUUUGAAGCUCUUGGUUGGAAAAAUGUUACGAUAUAUUACUGGAGUGAUUCUACAACAGUGCUUGCAUGGAUAUUACGAGAAGAAAAUUGGUCUGUCUUCGUUAGGAACAGAGUCCAAGAGAUAAGGAAGUUGAGUAAUCCUACAUCAUGGAGACACAUACCUGGUGAUAAGAAUCCGGCAGAUUUACCUUCCAGGGGCUGCAAGGCAAAACAUCUAGUCUCCCUAAGAUGGUGGGAGGGUCCACAAUGGAUGGAAAAUGCUUUUGAAUUUCAAAACAUUAUGGGUUCCACCAACCAUGAUUGGAAUGAAGAAGAGAUUAGAAAGGAAAAGUCUAAGACGACUUUUAUAUUAUCAAAUAAUGAAGCCUGUGGUGUUGCAAACUGGUACUACAGAUAUUUUUCGAACUAUGAUAGAAUAGUUCGUCUUGUUGCAUGGAUCCUCCGCUUCAUGAACAACUGCAAAAAUAUAACUGAGAAGAAGCAUGGAUGUCCCAUGGAGCCAAACAUCGUAUUGCAACGGAUUUCUCCGGAACGAAUUCUUGCCAGGAUGGUCGGUUGGUCAUUUUGA